GAGGAAAAAGAAAUUGUAAAUUAAUCUGAUUGAAUGUUGUCAAAAAAAUUCAAUCUGAUUAAAAACGACAGCGUUCCGAGUACGCAAGUAAAGGGUGUCGCCAUCGGCAAGUCUCCGGCAUCGAUAGGCGGAAAAUGGCGCCGGCGAAGAAGGGAAAAGCAAAGGCUGAGCCAAGGCAAACGACUCCUUCGGAAAAACCGAAUAACUUUCCGUCUUGUAUUCGGUGUUUGCCUCCUUCCUCCGUCGCUAUAACCAUCCACGCUAAACCCGGUUCCAAGUCCGCAUCCGUAACAGAUGUAAGCGAUGAAGCUGUUGGUGUACAAAUUGAUGCACCAGCGAGGGAUGGCGAAGCAAAUGCUGCUCUUCUCGAUUACAUCAGCUCUGUUUUAGGCGUAAAACGAAGACAAGUAUCUUUAGGUACUGGUUCUAAGUCAAGAGAUAAAACAGUCGUUGUGGAAGAUGUAACUCAGCAAUAUGUUUUCGACGCAUUGGAUAAAGUCUCAAAACAGCAGUUAGGAAAGUGAUAAUUAGUUUUUUUUUGUAUUGGAUAAUUUCAUGUCAAUUUGUGCUGGUUAUAUUGUAUACUAUUGAUGAAUGUUGGCCUCCUGAUUGUGGAGUAUCUUAUGUGACUUAUAAUCUGAUGUUAUACUGGUAGUUUUAAUUGUGUACACUAUAAGAAUUAUUUCAUAUCCA